GUGAAAUUAAUAAGGAAAGUUCAGCUUGAUUUUAAGGACAGCGAUAACACGAUGACUUACUCAGAUGCUGAUGUGGUGCUUUACAGCAUAUUGGGUUUAGUUGUUUUAGAAAAUUUAUUCGAAAAUUAUUUAUCUUUGCGUCAGGUUAAAGUUUACAAAAAUGCCAAAGAAGUGCCCGCUGAACUUAAGGAACAUAUGAACGAUGAGACCUUCCAUAAGGCUCGUGUUUAUGGCCUGGACCGAGAACAAUUUGGCAUUUUCAAAGAUCUCUUAAUGGAUGUUUUAAUCGUUCCUUUGGAAUUAUACUUUGGUCUCAUUGCAUACUUUUGGCAAAUGUCGGUGCAAGUGGUGGAAAAGUGUAAUUUGAAUGCUGAAAGCGAAAUUAUGGUUUCCUGUUUCUUCGUACUCAUCCUAACACUCUUCGGUUAUGUUAAGGACUUGCCCUUUAAAAUCUACAGUACUUUUGUAUUGGAACAAAAGCAUGGUUUCAACAAACAAACACCUGGUUUCUUUGUUUGGGAUCAAAUCAAGGGCUUGCUGGUUAGUAAUGUAUUUUCGGUGCUACUAUCGGCAGCUUUGAUCUUUAUAGUGCAAUGGGGUGGAGAUUAUUUCUUUAUUUAUCUGUGGGCCUUUGCCGGCAUUGUAUCGUUGGUGAUGCUCACCAUUUAUCCCAUCUUUAUUGCUCCUUUGUUCGAUAAAUAUACACCCCUAGAAGAAGGCGAUUUAAGGUCGUCUAUAGAAAAGUUGGCUGCCAGUUUGAAAUUCCCUUUGACCAAAUUGUAUGUGGUAGAGGGUUCCAAGCGUUCUUCCCACAGCAAUGCCUAUUUCUAUGGCCUCUGGAAUUCCAAACGUAUAGUGCUGUUCGACACUCUAUUGCUAAAUAAAGGCAAGGAGAAUGAUACUGACAUCAAAGAGGAGGACAAGGGCAAAGGCUGCACCAAUGAAGAGGUAUUGGCUGUGUUGGGUCAUGAAUUGGGCCACUGGAAAUUGGGUCAUGUUACCAAAAACAUCAUCAUUAUGCAGGUGAACUUGCUGCUCAUCUUCUUUGUCUUCAACUACUGCUUUACAUAUCCUCCGUUCUAUGAAGCUUUGGGCUUUGCUCCCGGUGUACGUCCCAUCCUAAUAGGUCUUUUCAUUGUACUCACCUAUGUCAUGGCUCCCUACAAUGCCUUACUCGGCUAUGCCAUGACCAUGCUGUCCAGACGUUUCGAAUAUGAAGCCGAUGAAUUUGCCCAAAAAUUAGGCUUCACCGCUCAACUGAAAAAGGCUUUAAUUAAGCUUAAUUUGGACAAUUUAGGUUUCCCCAUACACGAUUGGUUGUAUUCAUCUUGGAAUCACUCUCAUCCCACUCUAUUGCAACGCAUGCAUAAACUUGAUGAACUGGAGGCAGCUGAUAAAAAGACAAACUAAAAUUUUGCUGAAAUUUCGUAAUUUUAAGAAUUUCCUUUUUUUUUUUUGUUUUUAACUUUUUACAAAAACAACACCGUAUGAGUUUUGCAAUAGUAAGUACUCUAUCGGCUUUUUAAUGAAAUGCAAUUAUGGAGGAGAUCAUAAGAUGUCGAAGGAGCAGUUGUAGUAUAUAUUUUAUUAUGUAUUUUAAUUUUUUAUAUAUUUAAAAGAAACUUUUUUAAAUUUUAAUAAAAUUUUGUGGUCAUAACUUGUGACCAAAAAAAAAAAAGUACACAAACAGGGAAAAGUAA